CUCGCCCCGGGCCGGGCCCUGCCCCACCCUACUUUUCCUGGUAGAGAUGGGCUUGGCCAAGAGCGUCCCAGUCACUCCAGCGCGGCCCCCGCCGCACAACAAGCAUCUGGCUCGAGUGGCGGACCCUCGUUCACCUAGUGCCGGCAUCUUGCGCACUCCCAUCCAGGUGGAAAGCUCUCCACAACCUAGCCUACCAUCAGGGAAACAGCUGGAGGGUCCUAAUCAGACUCAGGACUCCGAUCCCCGCUCUCCUACCCUUGGCAUUGCACGGACUCCUAUGAAGACCAGCACCAGUGAACCUCCAAGCCCACUGGUGAAGCAGCUUAGUGAAGUACUUGACACCGAAGCCCCCAAAUCAAAUCUUUCCCCAAAGUCUGUUCUGCCCCUGGAGACACCUUCAUCUUCUGAAUUGGACUUGCCUCUGGGCACCCAAUUAUCCGCUGAGGACCAGAUGCCACCUCUGAGCCAAACUGAGCUCCCCUCCAAACAGGUGUUUUCCAAGGAGGAAGCAGGACAGCCCACAGAAACCGCUGUGGCCAGCCGGGGCUCAGACAAGCCCUUGAGAGACCCUGAGACUCCCCGAUCUUCAGGUUCUAAUCGUAAUAGACGGAAGCCAAAUGGCAAGGUACUAGGGAGGUCCCCCCUCACCAUCCUGCAGGAUGACAACUCCCCUGGGACCCUGACACCACGACAGGGUAAGUGGCCUUCUCCCCUGAGUGAAAAUGUUAGAGAACUAAAAGAAGUGACCAUCCUGGGAACUGGACGACUUCUGAAAACUGGAGGGCGAGCAUGGGAGCAAGGCCAGGACCAUGACAAGGAAAAUCAGCACUUUCCCUUGGUAGAGAACUAGGCCCUGUUUGGCCCUAGCACUGGAAUCACCUGGGGCCUAGUGAUGUCCUGUGUCCUCUCACCCCUUCUUUCCCUGGGGUACUGAGAAAUGGCUUGUUUUCUUUGACUCCCCCUAAACUACCAACUCUGAGACUGAGAGUUUGAUUGGGCUUUCUUUGUGUCUUA